CUCUCGUUUCCAUCUAACUCUCGCACACCAUCGGAUGGCCCGGGCCCGGAGGCCCACAUAUGCUCUUGACUCAUCAAUUCGCAACCACCGCUUCGACCUCCAUGUCGUCAGCGUGGCGGCGCUCGGUGAGGCGCCGCGCGCCCGUGAGCGACCGGGAGGUGGGCCGGCGGGAGCUGGGUCGUAGGGUGGAGGAGCUGGAGGAGGCGGUCGAGGGGCUUCGUGGGGAGAAGAAUGCGGCGGAGACAGACGAAGCGGCGCUGUGCGCUGAGCUGAACGCGGAGCGCGGUGCGGCGGAGUCCGCGGCGCGCGAGACCAUGUUGAUGAUCGAGCGGCUGCAGCGGGAGAAGGCGGCCGCUCUCCUGGAAGCGCGUCAGUUCCGCCGACUGGCCGAGGGACGCGUCGAGCGCGACCGGCAGCUCCACAACGAGCUCGCGUCGCUAUCAGCCCUCGCCGGCGGUUACCUCGCCCUCCUUCACGCCCACGGCAUCCGCCCCGCCGACGAGAACUGUUACCACGAGGAGGAGCGUCCCGGGGAACACAUCGAACCGGAGGUCUACAGGGAGCAGGGGCGGAGCCCAUUGGGCCGACCCGUAUGCACAGGAAUACGGGUGAAAAAAAUCGCUAGCAGUACCUAUUAAGUAAUAAGGCCCAGUGCAUCAGGGUGGCCCAAGAGCUGUGCAUCAGGGUCAGCCCGUUUCAGCCAGGCCGCCGCACUGGCCCAACGCAGGAGGACACACGUGCGGGCCUGUACGCACGCCGGUUCGCUUGCGGAUCCAUCUCUCUCACGUACUCCAGUAGUUUUCUCUGGAAAAAAAGAUCUCUUCACGUAGUUUUUUUUCCCACUAACAAGACUAAUCGAUCCAUGAUGGAUUUAUGUGGACGCGUACCAUACACCAUACGCCCCCUGCGUAUCGCCAUCCCGUACACAUGCGGGAGAUCGGCAGCGGCAGCGCGCCGGCGGCCGGACGCCACACAGGCUGGGUCCUCACACGGUGACGACGCGACGCACGCGAGCGACGCUGCAAGCCAUUGGCCGGUCCGGCUCUCGGUAAUUUUCGCAUCCUUUCCAAAUUCCAAUCUUGAGUCUUUGUCUCUGUGUGCGUCCAUAUAGGAUAGAUUACAAAAGGCCACAAUUGUGGUUGCGCCUUCGUCUUGCUUUUCCUAAUUUUGUUUACAAACUGCAACAAUCAUGUAUAAAAUUGUAGCAAAUACAAUAAAUGACUAUGUUAUAGCAAAAACAUGGGGCAUUUUCUAGGGUUAUAACUUUUAAUUAGAUUAUAUUUUUUGUCUAUAGAAGUCUUCAUGUCUCAUUUGUAAUUUGUAUUUGUCAAAUACAAUACCAUGCCUAAGUUUCUCUCAAAAGAAAAGCAGCAAUAUGUCCCAGAAGACAUAAAUUGGGAAGAGGAGGUUCAAUAUGAUCCGGGCAAUCACCUCAAUGAUGAUAGUUUGAGUGAUGAUGUUAUUUUUAUGUGGAGAAGGAAGAAAUGAAAAAGGUCACCAAUACUUAAGUGGUUGAGUAUUUCAUGGCUUGGAGGAAUAGAACCUACUAAAGGGAGAGUAGCGGCGCCGGCGGCGAGAGUGGCAUGAAUGUCAUGGUGAUCAAGAAGUCGGUCCCGCCGCCUCCUGCGGAGGAGUUGGAGUACACGAAAGACAUGGGGUGCGCGGCCGCGACGAAGGCUGUGGCUGUGGAGUACACGGAAGAGGAGCGCGUGGAUGGUGCUCUGGAGCUGUACGCGAGGGUGGAGGCGCUGGAGGCGGACAGGGCGGCCACGCGGAGGGGGGUGGCGGCGCUGCGAGCCGAGCCAGCGCGAGUGGUGCUAGCAAGGGAGAUGGCACGGCGCCUGUGCCGUGAAUCCGCGGCCGUCACGAUGGUGCAGAAGCCGCGUUUCUCCGUGGUCGCCAUUUGCAAGUGUUUCUUCUCCAUGAUCCUAAAGAGCAAGAGAUGUUUUACGGCCAGGUCCGCACAACUGGCGCUUAUGUCUUUGAGUGGCAGUUUUCUCGCCAUGGAACCUGGGCGAACGUUCCCUGAAUCUCUCUCUCUUUUUUCUGGCAGAAAGUUCCCUGUAUCACUCAGGCUGACGUUUGGCCUGUCGUCGGCGCUCGGCAUGCUUCUGCUUCUGGAGAGAUUCACCGCUGCACUGCACCGCCGCCGGCGAUCACUGUUGGACUCAUAGCAGCUGUCGAUAGGUGGCUUGAAUCUUUGCAUAGCUUUGUCUAGUUUUUUUCCUUCAGAACAUCAGGUGUCCACUGACCAGACCACACGCUCUUUUCAUGACGUAACGAACUCUCCUUGCAUGUUGGUUGUGAAGCUUUCUAUCACGGAAGGAUGUACUAACAAGAAUGAGACGUCUGAAACAAGCGUGGGCUCAGCACGUCUUUUUUCACAUCGCGGAAAUGACCAAAGUAGUAAGCCGCGUUUAUGUA